AUGCGUUUUCUCAUAUUUUUAUUCGUCGUUUUCAUUUGUAAGAAAGGAAGUGGAACAAUAUACCAAUGUAAUACAAAUGCAUCAUGUGGAUGUUCAACUUCAUUCACUCUUGUAUCACGUAUUGUUGGUGGUGAAACUGCAGGUCGACAAUCUUGGUCAUGGGCUAUUUCUCUUCGUUCUAAUGGAAAACACAUUUGUGGAGGAUCAAUUCUUUCACCAUCAUUCAUUAUUACUGCUGCCCAUUGUUUUAAUGACAUAACAAAUUUAACAAAUAUCACUAUUCUUGCUGGAUCUCUAAGUGUAACACCUUCAUUAAAUGGUUCAUCGCAAGUUCGUUCCGUUGCUCAACUCUACAAACAUUCUGAUUAUGACUCUUCUUUAUUUAUAAAUGAUUUGGCUCUUCUUCGCUUGUCUAGUCCAUUAAAUAUGGGACAUGGAAAUAUCAAAUCAGUCUGUUUGCCAUCUGAUACUGUUUCUCAACCAUCAGACAAUAUUAAUAUGAUCGCUGUAGGUUGGGGUACAACAUCAGCAUUGUCAAGUACUGUUUCUUCAAUUCUUCUUCAAGUCACAGUACAAUCCAUAGCAAGUACAUACAGUGGAUGUAAAGAUCUUAUUUCUGAUAGUAAACUACAAUUUUGUGCUGGAAUAAUAACUGGAGGGAAAGAUACUUGUCAAGGUGAUAGUGGUGGACCAUUAAUGGCAUUUGCUAAUAAUGUUUGGCAACUUUAUGGUAUCACAUCCUAUGGAUAUUUAUGUGCACUACCUGGCUAUCCAGGAGUCUACACUCGAGUUAGUUUUUAUAUAGAAUGGAUCAAAUCUAUCAUGUCAUUCGAUGAGAUUACAACAACCACCGUUAGUAAAAGCAUAAAUCCAACAACAACCGGGAGUACCACAAGGAAAAUACUGGUGAGAACUACGACUAACACAAGGCAAAGCCUAGCGACAACUAGGACUAGUAAAAGCAAAAGUCCAACUACAGCUAGGACUGGCACAAGCAAAAAUCCAAUAAUAACUACAACUCGCACGAGCAAACAACUAAUGACAGCUAAAGCAGCAGAAUCAACAUUUAAGAUAUCAAAUAAUGGUGAACAUGCAACAAAGAAACCAUUGUUUUUUACAGUUUUUCUGCCAACCAUGGCCAGUUUAUAUUCAUUUCUUGUGUUGUUUCUUCUUUAA